AUGAAUCAUUUAAAUAAAUUAUCAAAAUCAAGUGGUUUAUUAAAUCAUAAUAGAUCAUUAUUUUCAUCAUCAAAUAUUAGACAAAUCUUAUAUACCAACAACAACAACAAUAAUAAUAAUAAUAAUAAUAAUAAAAAUUCAAUCAACAUUAAUACAACAUUAUUCAACAAUGUUUUAAAUAAUCAAAAACAAUUAAUUAGAGGAUUUAUUAAAAAUAGAAGAAUUAAGCAAUCUUUUUUUGCACAAUCAACAGGACAAAUCUUUAAUCAAGAUGUUUUACCAGGUUUUUUAACAAUUUUAAGCUCACCAUUAAAAUGGUUCGAAUAUGCUAAAUUCAUUUAUAGAAAUAUUACUUCAAAUGCUUUAAUUAAAUCAAAAUUAAAAAAUUUAGAUAAAAUUCAUUAUUCAAAAAAAAAAUUUUUAGCAGAAGCAGAAGAAAUGUUUAAUGAAUUAGGCAAAGCAGUUGCAGAAGGUAAUAAAAAUGAUAUUAAUGAUAUUUCAACAAUUCAAUUCUCAUCAGUAGUUUUUAAAAAUACAGGUAUUAAUGAUACAAAUAUUAAAAACUAUAAAACUGAAUGGAAUGGUAAAAUAAAUUCAAAAAAGAUGAUAUGGUCAAGAGCUGGUCAAAUUAAACUCACACAUUCUGAAACAAGCUUUUUCGCUCAAAAUUGUGUUGAAUUCACUGGUACUCAAUCAAUCAUUGUAAAGGAUAAAAAUGAUAAAGUAAUCUCUUCAAUUGAAGAUCAACCAUUUAAAUCUGAAUAUGUUUUUGAACGUAAUGUUUCUUCUUUACCAUCACAAUGGAGAAUUGCAAGUUCAACUGAAUUCCCAAUUAAAUAA